AUGGCGAAACUCAACGACCCUCCCAAUCCCCCUAUGGAAAGUUUUGAAUCCCUGAAGCGUCGCUUCAUCCGUCAAAACCGCGAAAUCGCCCGCGCCAAUUCGUCGCAGUCGCAACGCAUCCGCAACCUCGAGACGGAAAUCUCCCGCCUCGUCGCAGAGAAUAUAUUCCUGAGGGAACAGGCAAUAGCCGCGCAGGCCGAGGCGGAGCGAUGGCGCGCAGCGAGUUCUGUGAACGCUGAAAUUCUGGAUAUGAGAGACAGACUGAACAGGAAAAUGGAGGAGGUAUCCGAACUGCUUGUUGAGAUGGGGAAUCUACCUGAGAAAGUGGCCAGGGAGGGAAGGCGGAAAAGCAGGCUUGUCAGGUCGACCAUGAGCGCCACUACAGAACAGGAGUGGAGGAACAGACAGUCCAUCAGAGAAGCACUGGCUCAAGAGAGAGGUGAUCUGUACGAUGGACGAUUACCUGCUAUUCAGGAAGACAAGCUGUACCCCCGACGGACGCUGGAGACUGCUGAGGUGACGGCCUUGCGAGAAGAGGCAGCCAUGCAACAAGCGUCCGACUCGCCGGAACUCGGACCUCCCCCAGUCGCCCAUUUUGAUGUUGUUUCAGACCCCCUUGGAUUGGACUCUGCACGGACGUCCGAGGACGAGAACGGCGGCGAGGAAGUCAUGCAAUUACCGUCACUUUUGGAGAGGAGGCGGAAGCGUCGAACCAGCACUCUCAUCCACGAUCUACCUACAGAAGAGGCUUCAGGACCAAAUGCGCCGACAAUAAGGCCAAACCCGCAGUUAUUAAAGUCAGGUGCAAAGAGGAAACUGGAUGUCUCUGAGCUUGACGACCCUGCUCCUCAGCAGCCCUUGAACGAGAAUGACGACUUUGUCUUCCAACGUCGGCAAGAGAUCUGGAACAACGCUACUGUCAACAGCAAAAAGACGUCUAGAUUUACGAGGCCACCAGGACGAGAACCCGGAGAUGCGACGGACUUUGUGAAGCAAUCGAGCCCCCAAAAGCCCGCAAGCAGCACUAGGAAGAUUCUGGCGCCCAAGAGUACCAACUCACCUGCGAAGAGAAGGCUGCAAGUCGCAGAAAAGCUCAAAGAUGAUCGAGAUCCGCAGCAAAAGCACCAAACCAUUAGACCAACACGGCAGAAAGACCCUCCAGCACAUGUGGUCAUUGAAUGCCCUGUUGAGGCGUCGAAUGAUUAUGAGAAGGAAAUUCCACCGAAGACUCCAGCUGCAGAAGCUGACGACAUCCUCUCACCUAUCUCCACAGAGCCAUCCUCGCGAACAUCCCACCAGACGAAAGAGGCGGCAGUCUUGAACUCGGUGGAGGACGUGCUCAGUGGGAGUAUAGGACGGGGAUCUCGCCGUCCACGACCACAAAUCAGCUAUGCUGAGCCUAACUUGAGGGAUAAGAUGAGAAGGCCCGGCAAGGGGUUGGUGGGAGCGGUAGAAGGCAUUGAGAAGCAAAAGGAAAAUGCGUCGAGUGCAAGAGGUACAAGUAUGGAGCGGGCGAAACCUGACGACGUUAAAGUCAAGCAGGAGAACGAGACCAAUGGCGAGGAUCAGGGGUGGAAGGACUUAGCCAUGCCAACUUCAACGUCUCGCAAGAAGGAGGAGCCGAUGAGCCCUUUGAGGGGGAAAGAGAGGAAGGAGAAAGGAGACGAUGAGACCAGGAAGACGGCCAAACAACCGAAAGCCAACGCUGCAGAUGAGCUUGAGAAGGCUGUGGAUCGAUUAAGUAUUUUCGACCCGCCGGCCUCUUCUCCAAUCGAAGAUUCAACGGAAACGUGGCCAGAUACAGAAGGCCAGAAAUUGUCGAGGAGUUCGGCAGCUGCGAGACGAAAAGCCUCGUCGAGCGCGUUAGCUACGGGCAGGAGGCAUUCUAUGCAGCCUGCCUCGUCUUCUUCAGGUGAUCCAACUGGCCUCUCUUCUGCUCCCCGCCAUCCCUCUCUGGAUCCAUCAAAGUUGGACGCACAACCGCUUCCACGACCGAGUUCUGCGGCAAGUCUGCGUGGGGACGCGCCGUCCACCAGCAUGGCUUCGGCAGCGAAGGAUCUCAAACGCUCGCACAGCGUCAGUUCAAACUCGAAAGACAAAGAGCUGGGAGCCUCCGGUGCUGAAACGGGACUCAACGUGAGUUCGAGGGUGGAAAGGGCUCUGAACCGGCGGCGGAGUAUGAUGGUAUAG